AUGAAUGGUUAUGAGUGUUUGAAUGGAUGUUUCGACAAUGGAAUUGAAAUCAAAUCAAUUGCUGACCAUCGUUACACGGGAAUUCGGAAAUGUUGUUCGGAGGAUACGGGCACGAAAAUCGUCUCCCAAAAGCACAUUGUUCCAAUCAUCGCCUUCACACGAUUCAAUCGACAAACGGCUCGCAUCACGUAUCGUUGGGUUGAAUCGACUGUUGCUUCGACAGCAACGACAGCGCAGAUUCCAGCCACAAAACCAAGCUAU